AUGAAAAGUUUAUUUCGUUCGCGUGUUCCGCCACCUUUAGAUGCCAAUCAAUUGGAUAAACUAAGUCGACAAUGUCAUUUGCCGAAAGAAGAUGUUGAAGAAUGGUACGAACGUUUCAAUCACUGCUAUCCUCGUGGUCUUUCUUAUAAAGAAUUUCUCUUUUAUCUACAGCAAAUUCAGUCGAAAAACACUGCCAACGGCAAACGACCGGCAAAAUCCAUGAUGAAACGAUUGUUUCGUUUGUUAGAUGUAAAUCAAGAUAAACAAUUAGAUUUCGAAGAAUUCUUUGUAUUUAAUAUUCUUAUUAAUCAAGGUUUCGUUGAAGAUAAAUUACGAUUGAUUCUGAAUCUCUACGACAAAGACAAGGAGAAAUAUUUAACCAAAGAACAAUUGAAUAAUGUUCUCAAUGACAUGUUCGAUCUAUUGGAUAUUCCAACAGCUAAAGAAGAUUUACUGCAACGGAUUGAAACGAUCUUAACACGUGCAAAUUUCAAUACACAGAGUAGCAAAUUCAGUUGGCAUGCAUUUAGUUCGCAUGUUCUCAACAAUCAAUCUCUAUUCAAUCUUCUCAUAUCCAACCAGACAGUUGCCGAUUUCGAUGAUAAUUUCGGUUAUAUAAUAACACGAUUUUAA